AUAAGUAGACAACCACCAUUCCUUGAGACUGGUCUCACUCGUACCACAUCCACUCGUUCACUAAAUGACUGGCGAGUGUGUGGAUUCAUGGAUUGCAUUACUUUCAACUUUUGCUUCUUCUGCCUGACUGAGAUUGACUUUAUUUUAUAAUCCUUUUUCUCGCACUGCGACAGAACACGGCUAUCACACUCUUACUCUUCCAGUUAACGCGAGUAGUAGUCGCCGAGUCACGCCAGAGAAAUCAAACACUUUUAUCCAUCUGAUAAUAAAAAUCGCCUCCACAUAUUGCCCAACAUCGCAAGACAUUGAACUUAUCUGCUGGCAGUGUCAAGUCAACUAAAUUAAAUAAAUGUCACUUUGCAAAGUUAAGUGAAGGAGAUAGUGUCAGAGAGAGUGCAGUGUCCUACCAGCUCCCCACCACCGAGAUCGGAACAGCAUAGUAUUUAACUUGACGCUAUAGUGGUCAGUCAGUGACCAACAUUAUGUCGUUAUUAAAUUACGAGGCUUGAGUGCAUGUCAUUAGUAGAAAGUGGCACUGCUAAUGCUACUACUUCGUACUGUGCUUAACAGUGUCUAUGUUUAUUUUGUGUCUGCAAUUAGUGUGUAAUGAAAUUUUAUCGGGGAGCUGCUACUUCGAUUCAACACACAUCAGCACCUUCGCUCAUCCCCAGUAGUACGGGUUCAGAUAUAGAAGUGCCCAACACUGACCGACUCACGUUCCGUGGACUGGCGAGCAAUCACCAUUACAUUUUACAAAACCGGAUUUACUCCCACGCUCCGACUUCCCCUUCAGACGGCAAGAUGAGCCCGACGACAACCCACAACUCCAACGGUACCAAUGGGCUGAAGGUGGUAGAAACGUCCUCUUCCGAUGUCGGGCUCCACUCUCCCUGCGGAGAUGGGGACUUGUGCGAGUGGGGGUGGGGGAUGAACACGCUUUCUCUCCAUGCCCCCACCACCACGGAACCACACACGAUGGAGUGGUUCAGUCCGCAGGACCAUCACAGCAGCAACGGAGUGGUCAUGACCCCCCUCACUAAAGUCAAACCUCCUCCAACAGAGCAACCACCCACACCCACGACGCUCAAGCUUAAUAAUUGUAGUAACAAAAAUGACGUCGAGGUCCUUCAUAAAUUAAACGGAGAAGACAAAUCUCACCCCUCAGAGCAAAACCAAAGCAACAAAUCCCUCCAAUUAAAUAGACCCUCGAGCUUAGAAUUUCUUAACCAGAAUGGAAACAGUAAUGAUGAUGCGAACUCUCACAAUAAUAAUUUUAAUGUCGAUCAAGACGAUGAUGCGACGACGAUAGCUGAGCCUGACACUAAUAAUAAAAGACUUCGCAGCUCAUCUCUUAAAACGAAUAAGACUCCGCCUGGGACACCGGGACACAAGAAAAUUGUGAGAUUUGCCGAUUGCUUGGGACUUGACUUGGUCGAUGUCAAAUUAUUUCUUGAUGAAAUACCGAAUGUUCCAAAGAGUGCCUUCAGUGACCUGCAAGAUGCAAUUGAUCAAAGGGAAGAAGAUUUUGUGCAGAAAAGAAAUAAGGUUAAUAAAUUGGAUAGGACUCUUUUGCCUUCCUUCCAUCAACCCGUUGAAAUGGGAGAUUUCUUUGAUCGUGUGGAUUCUCAAAAGGUGCUCCUGGAAAACUGCUACCUUACCGACAGCCACCAAAUCAAGGGAUGUGUCCGUGUCAAGAAUUUGGAUUUUAACAAAGCUGUAUUUCUUAGAUAUACCUACAACGAUUGGGACAGCUUUGAGGAAAUUCCUGCAACUUAUGUCCCCGGUUCGUGUGACGGAUUUAGUGAUCGUUUCGAAUUUAAUUUAACCGUAGACUCGAGCAGGACCAGGAUUGGGUGCAAAUUUGCGUUCGCCUGCAGAUAUGAGUGCUUGAAGAACGAAUUUUGGGACAACAAUUGUGGGCGAAACUACGUUUUUCAUUGUGUCCCUGCAAACUAAAAACGACAUCAUCAUCACUAACUGAACUAUAUUUACUUAUCUAAUUUAUUUUGAUGUCGGUAAAAUUCCAUGAUUCAACUAAAGCUGAAUUUUAGCAACCACUGUACCUCUAGCUAAAUAUGUAAUUUAUAUUCACUGUUGUAACUGAGCCAGUAAGUAAGAAGUUUACUCUAACUGAGCAACCUCAAUUCUUUUUUUUUUACUUUGGGGUUGUUACUACACACGAGAAACGAGAUCUAUAUUAUGCUACAUUUUAUUAUUAUUAAUUUACUGUAUAUAGUUUGUACACUAAAUAGGGAAAGGAAGAAAUUAAGUCAUCCGAUCGAUUUACAGAAACAAAAUGUGUUCUCUCAGAAAUUAUUACGAGUUUAAUAAGUUGUGCCAAAUAUACGACAAUCAAUUAAAACACGUCACGAAAUGUCAAUGUCAUAUACAUAUGUACGUAACGCUAGAAAAUGAACUUGAGACUUGUGCAAGGAAGACUGUGCUAUUUAGAGCGAACUAUAUCUUUAAGAAGCAACGAGUUAAAGUUAACAUUUGAUAAGUUAAGAUUAUUUCAUGAUCUGAUAUAUAAAUUAAUUAUAGUAUUUAACAUGAUGAAAUCCAACUUGGAAAAAAUAAUGAUUCAAGAAAUCAAAUAAUAUUCAAAGUAAAAGGAAAAUGCAAUUAAAGCAAAAUAAAGUAGUUGAAAGAAAAAAAA